AUUUGAUUGGCCAGUGGCCACGUCCGUCAAAGACUCCGAGCGACGCGCAGUCAGACAGUCUGAGUCGGGCAGGUUGAAAAGCCUCGUAGGCUUGAAGCGAUAUUCAAAUACGGCUGGUUGCAGGUUGUAACCGGAUCUGAAACACAAGCUGGAAGGUCUCAGCGCAGCGUGGGUGCCCAGGGAUCCACUGCCUGAGUGUGGCCAGAGCAGCGGCCGAGACCCCAGAGACAUGAACCACACCAAGGGCGGCUUGGUGAUCUUCACCGCCAACUCACACCCGUCGAGUCGCGAACUCGGCAAGAGGAUCGCUGAGCGAUUAGGGGUGGAGCUGGGAAAGGUGCAGGUUUACCAGGAAGCAAACAGAGAAACGCGGGUACAGAUCCAAGAGUCUGUCCGAGGAAAAGAUGUCUUCAUCAUCCAGACGGUGUCAAAGGACGUCAACACCACCAUCAUGGAGAUGCUGAUCAUGGUGUACGCCUGCAGGACAUCCUGCGCCCGCAGCAUCACGGGCGUCUUUCCCUACUUCCCCUACAGCAAGCAGUGCAAGAUGAGGAAGAGAGGCUCUAUCGUGUCCAAGCUCAUCGCCUCCAUGGUUUGUAAAGCUGGCCUCACCCACCUCAUCACUAUGGACCUCCAUCAGAAGGAGAUUCAGGGUUUCUUCAACAUUCCAGUGGACAACCUGAGAGCGUCUCCGUUUCUGCUCCAGUACAUUCAGGAGGAGAUCCCCGACUACAGAAAUGCUGUAAUUGUGGCGAAAUCCCCGGCUUCGGCUAAAAGGGCUCAGUCGUUCGCCGAGCGGCUUCGUCUCGGCAUAGCUGUGAUCCACGGGGAAGCUCAGGACGCCGAGUCAGACCAGGUAGACGGUCGACAUUCCCCGCCCACCGUCAAGACCACGGGAGCCAUCCACCCCAGCAUGGAGAUCCCACUGCUGAUCCCCAAAGAGAAGCCCCCGAUCACCGUGGUGGGUGACGUUGGGGGCCGCAUCGCCAUCAUAGUGGAUGACAUCAUCGACGACGUGGACAGCUUCGUGGCGGCGGCAGAGACGCUGAAGGAGAGGGGGGCCUACAAGAUCUUCGUCAUGGCGACGCACGGCCUGCUCUCCUCGGAAGCCCCGCGGUUUAUAGAAGAGUCGGCCAUCGACGAGGUGGUGGUGACCAACACCAUCCCCCACGAGCUGCAGAAGCUCCAGUGUCCAAAGAUCAAAACGGUGGACAUCAGCAUGAUCCUGUCGGAGGCCAUCCGCCGCAUCCACAACGGAGAAUCCAUGUCCUACCUGUUCCGGAACAUCGGCGUGGACGACUGAGCGGGCCGCCAUGCCGCUACGGGACUCUACCGCCUCUCCUUUUCCUGUCCCACACCCACACUCCAGCCUGGGGGGAUCCAGAGGUCACUGCGGUGGUCAUGGUAACGUUUAUACAGGGAGGAAAACAGAAAGCAUCAUGGCCCCGCUGCUGUGUUUAUUGGAUCAGCUGAAUUCAUCUCCUCACUUCCUCUAAACCUCCUCUGGUUUCCCUCUGACCUUUUUCCACAAAAACAAAACAAAUCUGCUAAAAAUCAGUCAAUAUUUCUGGAUAUGGAAAUGAAGGAAACGAUAUUCCAGGAAUGAUUAUUCCAUCCUUAAUAUGAGAUUAAAUCUACGUGAUAAAAUAAGAUUAAAGAAAUUAUCUUUUUUUUUUUCUCUCAUUCUGAGCAAUAAGAUCUGCUUCUAUUGGUGGAUCUUUUGAUUUAACUACUAGAAUCCGGCGAAAAAAACAUAUUUAUAUGUUACUUUCUUUUCUUCCCUUUUUGCUUUGAGGAUUACAAAUUAAUCUAACAAAAUGUACCGACUGACAUUUAAGCUUUUUCACUUUUCUCAUAUUACAACCUCAGAUGUCUUUAUAUUUUAUUGAGGUUUAGAGAAAAAAAACUGACAAAUUAAGUCAUAGAUGUCAUGUUUUUUUCUAAAUAAAUCUGAAAAGUGUGGCUGGCAUUUGUAAUCUGCCCCCUUGAGCCGAUAAACUUCAGUUUCUGUUGUCUGACCAAAGCAGCAUAGCCUGUAAGGGG